AUGCUUUCGCAAAACGAGGAUAAUUCCAACUCUCGAACAUUAUACGUGGGAAAUCUCGACCCUUCCGUUUCUGAAGAACUCCUCAUGGCCCUAUUUACACAAAUGGGACAAUGUAAAAAUUGUAAAAUUAUUCAUGAACCAACCAGCGAUCCAUACGCAUUUAUUGAGUUUACGGAACAUCAAGCAGCAGCAAAUGCACUACUGGCGAUGAAUAAGCGUUUAGUAAUGGGGAAAGAAAUCAAAGUCAAUUGGGCAACCACUUCAACGUCCGGAAUAAACAAAGUGGAUACCAGUAAGCAUUUUCAUAUAUUCGUUGGCGAUCUCGCGCCAGAAGUGGAUCAAAACACAAUACGUGAAGCAUUUGCACCUUUCGGAGAAAUUUCAGAAAUUAAAAUUGCAAAAUUUACUGAUACACAAAAACCUAAAGGUAUACACUUACUUUCAUUCUGCUACGGGAUAAAUUGCUAUUAUUUAGGAUACUGUUUUGUUUCUUUUACUAACCAAAACGAUGCUGAAACAGCAAUAACUAGUAUGAAUGGUCAAUGGCUGGGUACGCGAAAAAUACGUACAAAUUGGGCGACAAGAAAAGCGGCGACGAAUGAAGCCCCGACUGGUGCACGAAAUCGAGACUCGAAUAAUUUCCAACAAGGCCAUGAAUCAUCAGCACCGAAACUCGAUUUCAACGAAGUGUGGAAUCGAACGAGUGAUACAAAUAAUACUGUUUAUCUUGGCAAUUGUGGUGAUAUCAACGAAGAUAUAAUUCGUUCAUAUUUCGAAACAUAUGGUCAAAUAACAGAAAUACGUGUCUUUAGAGAGAAAGGAUAUGCUUUCAUUCGAUAUGCAACCAAAGAGAGCGCGUGCCAUGCUAUAUGUUAUCUACAUGGUAGUGAUAUUAAUGGUUAUACCAUCAAAUGUGGAUGGGGACGUGACGAAUCCAUGAGCAGUGGAAAUAAUGUACCACAUUAUGGAAGUGGAAUGAAUAAUCAAAAUUAUAACAAUAAUCAGCAUGAUUCUUAUCCACAAAACUCCUACGGUCCACCACUUAAUAAUAAUUAUAUGGGUGGCGGAGUCGGUAAUAAUAUGGGCUAUGGAAAAUACAGCGGAAGCUAUUCACACCAGGCUCCACAUCACCAUCAGCAGCAACAACAACAACAACCACCAUACUUUAAUCCUCCGCCUCAAUGGAAUAAUAACGGAUCACAACCAUGGGAUACAUAUUCUCAGCCUCCACUUGGUAAUUGGAGUAACAAUAAUAACGAUAAUUACGGGCCUAACUCCAAUCAAUACUACGGGCAUCAGCAAUCGCAUAUGUAUUCUUCAAAUUCAGGCAUGUACCAACAUUUUGCUUUCUACCAGACUUAA